AUGUAGAAAAGAGGAUUCAGCUAUCAUGGAUUGACAACUUGAAAUCAAUGAUUGUUCGCUCAUUACAAACAUUGUUAUUUAUGUAAUGUGUAUAUAUUCACACCGAAUCGAGUCCAAGGAUUCAAGAAAUUCUACAACAUUAUGUCAACACGACAUGUCAAGGAGUAUGUUAAAAGAGUAGCAUCCAUUGACCAAGAACAGUAUCCAUGUUGGGAUUUGAGCAGACCGCUCCCUAAAUUACCAGUACCAGAUCUGCAGAGAACUUUGAUCAAGUAUGAAAAUAUACUGCAACCAAUACUCAGCAUUACACAAAUUCAGAAAACGAAGGAAAUCAUUCGAAAGUUCGGAGAAAAAAGCGGGCAAGGCGAACAUUUACAGGAAUUAUUACUACAGUAUGCAGAUAACAAGGAGAAUUGGGCUUACCAUUGGUGGUUGGAGGAUAUGUACCUGAAAAUAAGAUUACCGUUGCCUAUCAACUCUAAUCCAGGUAUGGUCUUCCCAAGCCAGAGAUUUUCCGACCGAAGAGAACAGUUACGAUACGCUGCCAGAUUGAUAUCGGGGAUAUUGGAUUAUAAGACCAUCAUUGACGUUCGGGGACUCCCCGUUGACAGAGCACGACAUAAUAAGAAAGGGCAACCUUUAUGUAUGGAGCAAUAUUACAGACUAUUCACAUCGUACAGAGUUCCUGGAAUCAAAAAGGACUCUCUGACCUCCAAUAACAGCCAUCUUCUGCCUGAUCCAGAACACAUUAUUGUUGUUUGCAAAAACCAGUAUUUUGUACUGGAUGUUGUAAUCAACUUUACACGUUUAAGCGAAGAAGACCUCUUCACGCAGUUGAGUCGGAUUAGUAAAAUGGCUGAGGAGAACCAGGAGUGUGUGGAACCCGUUGGAAUAUUAACGGCAGCCUAUAGAGACCGCUGGGCCAUAGCUAGAGGAAAACUUAUGGAAGAAUCGACUAAUCGCGAUUCUUUGGAUGCAAUAGAACGCUCGAUAUUUAUUUUGUGUAUGGACUCGGCUAUCCCAAUUGCACUGAAUCAUCGAAAUAGCGUUGACGAAACACAGAGUAACAUAAGGGAUGAUGUUUCUCUCGCCAACCAAAUGUUACACGGGCUUGGAACACAUCUCAACAGUGCCAAUCGCUGGUAUGAUAAAACUAUGCAAUUUAUCAUUUCUGAAGACGGAGCUUGUGGCCUAAACUAUGAACAUUCGCCAUCAGAGGGAAUAGCUGUAGUACAACUUAUAGAACAUCUCCUUAAAUACAUGGAAGAACUCGGAAGGAAAUUGGUUCGAAUGCAGUCUAUUUGCGAAUUACCCCAGCCCCGACGUCUUCAGUGGAAAAUCAAUAGUGACAUUGGGACCGACAUAGAAGAGGCCGCUGAAAACAUGAACAGAUUGAUAGAGGACCUUGACUUGUAUAUUCUAAGAUUCGAACGAUUUGGAAGAGAAUUCCCUAAGUCACAGAACAUGAGUCCAGAUUCCUUUAUACAGUUAGCUCUACAACUGACUUAUUACAAAAUACAUAGAAAGUUUGUUUCUACAUAUGAGAGUGCAUCUGUCAGAAGAUUUCGACUUGGACGAGUUGACAAUAUUAGAGCAAACACUCCUGCUGCUUUGGAAUGGGUCCAAGCGAUGACCGGCGAAACGGAAGCCACGGAUAUUGAAAAGAUUUUGCUUCUUCGAAAGGCAAUGCAAUGUCAAACAGAUAUUAUGACACAAACUAUUUUAGGUCACGGGAUGGACUGUCAUCUAAUGGGAUUAAGAGAAAUUGCUAACGAACAUGGAUUACCAAUGCCAGAAAUAUUUGAACAUGAGAGCUAUAAAACAUCCAAUCACUUUUCCUUAUCCACAAGUCAG